UAUACUCUCAUCGUUCGUGUAGAAUUUCUCUGAUCCAAAACACACACGUCGGUUCUCAUAAUAAACCGAGUGGUUAUCCGCCUUGCAUAAUUUAUAUUUCGCUGUUUUUAUAGUGACGGUGAAUAUUUAGUGAUACUAAUCACUCUGUGGGAAUUAAGCUAUAUUUAGUCACCGGUCCCAGUUUAGCAACAAUGUUUGUGAGUAUCAUUCCGUCAGAUUGCAACAUUUCUUGCGCAAUGAAUUUGGUUACCGGCGGGACCCAUGUUGUGUUUACGUUCUUUUGUUUUAACACGUUGCCAGCUCUUGCAGUAUAAACUCUCCUAUAAUUAGUGUAAGCUAUGUAAUUUAUGCUGAGCCAAUGGCCGCCAUUUUAAGUUUUAGUGUUGUCAGUUCUGAACAAUUCAGUGCACAGGUUCUAUUGUUAUCGAAAUUCGUGUUCUGAUCAAACGCGAUAUUCUUAAAAAUGUGACGAAUGGUAGAUUACGAAUUGGUUAAUUGCGAAUAAGGUUAACUGAUAGAAAGUGGUACAGUGAACAGUUAUUUUUGUGUUUGUGUGGUAUUUUUAUCCCAAAAUGGAGGAUCUGAAAUGACUUCAGAUAUUGUUGUGACUGUGAAUUUCACUGGAGGACAUAUUGUUGAAUUUUGACGUUGAUUCAUACGUUUGAUUAUGCGGUUUGUUUAUUAAGAUUUGGUUAAGAUAAACACGUUUGUGUUUCGUGAAACUGCAGUGGAAUAUGAACAAUGCCAAAAAUGGUAUCCUCUGCUACGGAUACCUUUGAAUCUUAUUUUGAUUCGGAUGACGACUACGCUCCCCUUCGCUGUUGGGACUGCAACGUCAACUUCACCGAGAAGCACUUCCUGUACAAGCACCUUUUCCACCACAUCCGGCAGCCCUACGUGGUCUUAGAAAGGUGCCAGUUACCGCCACUUAAAAUUACCCUCAAAAAUACUGACGGUGCCGGGAAGAAAUUUGAAAUCGUUCCGGAGAAGGUAGCGACCACUGGCAAGGAAGGUGACAGCAACUCUCCAGCCACCACCAAUUUCACUAAACCCGGGUCACCCGCAACGUUGAACAAACUGGCGGCAGAGGAUUCAGGGGCGAACGAGGUGCCCCUAACCGCUUCGGAAGAAGAGGGAGAGGACCACCAGUCCUUCUUAGGGGAAGAGGACCCUCUUGCCACCUUCCCAGACGAGGGAAACGGUGGGGAGGAGGAUUAUUGUCCGACUUUGUCUCCCAGUUUUGCCAACGUUGACGAUUUCAACGAGUGCUCCAAUCAAGAUUCAGACUCUGGCGUUGCCACCGACGCACUAAGCACCAGCGACAUAGACGCAUUGACCGGGCCCGGUUGUGACUUUCUGGACACUGCGUCGAGUGCAUCCACAGCGGCCACUGGUUCCAGCGGCGGGGAAUCCCCGAACCAACCGACAGCGACGGCGUCAGACGACAAUACCCACCCGGCCGGCGAUAGAGAUGCCGCCGUUUUUGGAGGGGAGAGCGACGGGAGUUCAGGUGCUUCUGCCUCUCCAUUGCCUCCACCAUCAUCUGCAACACCAUCUCCAGUGGUUCGAACGCCACCAGCAGAUGCCCCAACUACAUAUCCCAAGAUCAGGAUCAAGACCACUGGGUUGCUAAAAGAAUCUGCUUCAGAGUCUUUGACAAUCACAGAGAUCACAGAUGAUAAUCCAGAUGGCGAUCCCAAUCGUGGACAAAACUCAAUGUGGUCAUCUCCCUCGCUGGAGGACCCGCUUAAACUACCAGAAGGGGAUGACAACAAUCUCAUAUCGCUGUUCAACAACAAUGAUAGUCGCGCUAAAGACCUGGGUUUCCACUCCAGUGAUAGUGAAUUUAUUUCUUUGGACAGGCUGGAAGAUAGGAAUAGGGGUGCGAUGACCCUGUAUAAUCCAGGAACAUCACAACAAAAUGCCUUAGAAAGUCUGACUGGCCUACCAAUGCAAGCCUUAGCUCAACAGGUGUCAAGGCUACAACCAUCAGGAAGCAAUGGCAUGCAUCAACAAAAUGUGCUGAUCAACAUUCAGCAAUUCCCAUCUGGACCACCUCAACCACAGUAUCAGCCACCACCAAUGUAUCCACCACCACAUCAUUAUCCUCCUCAGCCCAUGCAUCAACCAUACCAAUACCAGCCUCCAAAUCCGAUGUACUAUCCCCCAGCACCCCAUGGUUAUCCACCACAUCCUCAACCACCUCCUCCACAUAUGGGACCCCCGCCACCCCCACAGCAGAUGCAACAUCAGCAGCCGCCCCCAAUGGGAGGUCAACAGCCUCCUCAUCAACAACAUCAACCGCAACAGCCUAUGCCACUACCAGCCCCUCCAGUUUCUCAACACCAGCAGACUCAGCAACAAGGGCCACAACAGCAGUACAGACCUCCACAACCUCAGGCCGCCGGACCUGGGAUGGGUGGUCCCAGGCCGCAGGGACAACAGCCGGGACAGCCUAGGCCGCCGCAAAUGGGACAGAGGAUGCCCAACGCCAGGCCCAUGGGUCCGAGACAAUCGAUGCCUCGACAGCGAGCCCCGAUGAACGUCCGACCGCGCAUGGGCGCUCCGGGGGCACCAGGGGGCAUGGUACGUCCGGGGGCGGGUAUGCGGCCCCGAGGACCGGCUCCAGCCAACGGAAUCCGUCCUACCGGACAAUCGCCUGUCAAGCGCCCCCCUCAGGCCAACAAUCAAGCGGAAAUGCAGACGAAGAAGAAAAGGUUCGAUCUGCUGACGCCCGAUAAGGACGACGAAGACUGCCAGGUGAUCUGCAUGCAACCGAAGAAUACUGACGGCGGUUUGCCACAGAUUGAAAGUGUGCAGGGUGGUACCGAGCAAGCGGAAAGCAGCAUAAUGCACCUGUCCGACUCCAUAACGCUGAGCGUUCGCAACCCGCCUCCUAAACCAGUCGUUCAAGAACCGAAAAAGUCUGAUGCGAAAGCGGUGGCCAACAUCCUGGCCACCAGGGGCAUUACUGUGACGGCGUCGGCCAAACCGAAGGAGAAACCGCCCGAAACUGCUGGAGGCGGACAGAAGCAGCAGUUACCCGCAUCGCUGAAUCUCAACGGAGCUGUCAGCAUUAUUCCAGCGGCUAAUAAGGCCAACGGGCAUCCUAAGCCCCAAUCCGAAUCUCUUCCGACCGUAGACUUGACAGAUGACAGCAGCCCGGCGGCGCCGGCGCCCCAGCAGCUUUCACCAAAUUCUCCCCAGAAGCAGCGUGCAGGCCUUCCCUAUCGUUGCGACUUGUGCCCUGCCACUUACCCCAAUGCACUGGGGCUGAGCAAACAUCGGCAGACCUACCAUAAAACCACCGGCGGUAUGUGUGAAUUGGGCAUUCCACUGAUCAACCUGAAGCAGCCUGGAGUUGUGCAGAAACUUUCCUCGCUCGGUAUUAACAGCUUCAUACCGAUGCCGUCGUCUGGACCGGAAGGUACUUUUGCUCUGCCUGUAAUCAACACGAGGAACGCAGGAAACGUAGCGGCGAUAGGUGCUACGAGCAUGUUAACUCUUGGCCCAGUUAGAACCAUACGGCCGCAGAUGGCGAAUGGAUCGAAGCCACCUGCAAAUGCACAAAAGUCCCAAUAAUUGAUAGACUAAAGCUGCAUACCCAUUUAGAUCAUACAGGUGUUCGAGGUGCUACAACAUAAAGGUCAUGUCUGAACGGCAGUAUUACGCAUUUUUUUCUACAGUAUUGUGCUUGUGGCAAAAAGCCCUAUUAUUACGUUUUGUUUCACAUUGCCUAAGUGGGUAGUUUAGCUGAUAAAGCACUACCAAUCACUAUAAAAUUGCUUUAUUUUUUCGGAACAGCUAAACGAGCAGUGUUUAUGGACCGGCGAUAUUGCUUGGAGGAUAUAUUGCUGCUUCUCAAGAAUAGUGACACUAUUCAGAAAAAGCUUUUUUUCAGGAGAGGCAUUUUUAAUAUUUUUUGAAGAAAAAUUUCGAAUAACUGAAGGUAAAGUUGAUAAUUUGGAUUAUUAUAAAAAUUAUCAAUUUAAUGAGGUUUAUUGAACAAUAUUCCAUUUUAUUAAUUUUUUGCAACUUUACAGAAAUGAGUCCUAAAAAAAUGCAAUCCUAAAAAAUAUAUGACAAAUAAUCGUGGUUAAGGAACAAUGAGGGAAAAUUUAUUUUAGUAUUACUCCCAAUGAUACACAAUUAACAAUAUUUUAAACGCUACGUGGAACUAAAAAAUCAAAGGUAAGUACGGAAAAAAAAGUACAAUACAAAAAUUCGUUACAAAUUACUAUAAAAUCCCUCAGAAACUGAGGGUAUUAUAUUUUUUUCCACUAAAUUGAGUAAGGCGUGUCUUUUUCUUGGAAAUGGGAAUCUUACGUUUGUAUGCUUUAUUCAGAGUAACUCUAGGACCUCAUUUUAUUGCUUCGUUUUUGUAUGAGUUUUUGUAGAAAAAUGUCACAGAAUGUUAAGAUUCCACCCUUAUUAUUCUAACGUCGGAUAUUUUGAAUGACUCAUUUUUAUGUUGUAGAAAGAUAGUCACAAUGCACUUUAUGUCACUAUUCUUGAUUAACACGAUCGGUUAUUAGCGUACGUUUCUCUGAUAUGAGGUUAUUAUUGAGAAAAUUUUAAGUAUAUGCUUUGGAAGUCAAGCCGCAACUGCAAUAUGACAUUAUUCAUGACAGAACCCCAAAACAUUCGAUAUUAACGAUUCGAUAUUCCUCAUAGUCAUAGUCAACAUUUAUAGUGGAUCUGCAAUUUUAAUUAUUUUUUCUUGUUUUUUGGAUGGUGUCACUAUUCUCGAGAAGCAGCAAUAUAUCUCGGUUAUAUCAGCUGUAUUUUAGCUAUAUCUUGGCAGUAUUAUAUGUAAUUAAUGGACACAACGUGUCUGAAUUUUUUCAUCAGAAGAACUACAAAAUCAUGCGAGAAUGACUGAAGAAAUUGUACAUUUAGUAGGAUUUCAAUAGUUCGGCAAUCUGACGACAGCAGUAUAUGAAAGUAUUUCAGAAAUGUCAAGAACAUAUAGCAAUAUAGCUGGACCAACAAAUUCGAAUAUAUUAGGAGUCAAAUGCAUUGUUUGUCGCGAAAAUUUCGUAUUUUUAGUGCAUACUUUUUGACUCUUGUCUACCAAUGCCUACCAAAGUGACAGCGUUGCAUUAAUAUAAUACUUACUGGUGGAAAUAUCUACCUUCAGUAAGCUUGUGUAAGAAGCACCAUGUCCUUAAACACCACAAUUAUUUGCAAAUUGAAAAUUAACUCUAAAUAUAUGAAUUUAACGACAAUUGUAAAAAAUACAGUAAUGUCAAGUGCACGUUGAUCCUCAGCACAGACUGAAUUAGUCUGAAUUCGUUCUGCCGGACAGUAAAAAUAUAACCCGUUCAGAAGCGCCAUUUCUGACAGAAGUAACGAUAUUUAAUUUACAUGUAUAUUUUACAACAUUUUAACGAACAACAUAAUAAAUUUACUGACAGAAAGACUUUGUAUAGUUGAGUUUAUGUGUAGUAUCUGUAUAGUGACUGUAGUGGUCUAUUUAUAUGUACAGAUAUAUAUUCUUAUGGAUUGCAAAGCUGUGUUCUGUGAAUAUGCAUUAUUUGUAUAUAGUUAUUUAGUAUUCAUAAAUUGAAUGUAUUUGGCUGUUAAUUUAUCAAAGAUAUAAUACACAAGAAACUACUAUAGUUCAUAUAAUUUUUUUAGAGUUAUCAAUAUGUUGUAUUCUUAGCAUAUAUUAUGCUUGAGGCACAUUGUAAAUAUUUUUUAUACUGAAAACGAUUUUUAUUUUGAACAUAGCCCAGUUUAUAGAGACUGAUUAAGUUAUUAUAUGUUAGAUGUGCAAUUAUUAUAUAAAAUAGUAAUGCAUAUGUUUCACUUGCAUAUUACUAGAUAAGAAUAUGUUGUAACAUUUAUGAAAAUAAAGAUUCCUUUUGUAUAC